CCCGCAACCAUCUUUCGUUCGAAGCAUGGCGUCACCGCCAAGCCACCUCUGUGUGUGGAUCUUCCCGUUAUGCGUCGUUUGGUUAUUGCUCUUGGCCACACACCUGUCCGCCUUCGCGCCGCCUUCAGCCGCGCAGACACGGCAGCCUCUCCUACACAGGAGGACACACCUACAGGAGCCGCUCCGCCACGGCCACGGCCACCCAGCAGCUGAUUUUAAUGGCCCCUCAGGAGGCAGGCGGCACGUGCAUGUCGAGACGGCCCUGAGCGCGUCCGCCAGUGGUGCUGCUGCCGCGGAGGAGGCCGGCGAUGCAGAGAGGCGAGGGGAGGUUGACCGCCUACUGAACGUGCUGGAGGACGGGGCGCUUUUCAAGAACGUCAGUGCGCCGCUGAUCUUCGACGCGCUGUCGCAGGUGGAGCGGCAGACGUCUGUGGGUGAGGCGUUCGUGUCUGACCGUGCCAGCGAGGUGUCUGGCGGGCCGCUGGGCCACCAGGGCGGGCAGGCCAUCGACGACCAGACCUUCUCCGUCAUCUACACCAACACGACGUGGCUGCCCUUCAUGAGAGGAUACCUGUCGGUGCCGGCCACUGCGCGUCUCACGUGGGUCGAGGACACCCAGUUUGAGCUCAAGCUCAUCCCCACCAGCACCACCAGGCAGCCGGAGCACGUCGUCAACAUCCACCAGGUGCGAUGCCUCAUGUAUGAGCCCGUCAACGGCGUCCUGGCGCUGGCCACCUUCGAGAACACCCCCUCGUUCUUUCUCCUGAGGCGGAAGGAUGCUACCCUCGAUGACCUGGUCGUCUCACUGGGCGGCCCCGUGCAGUUCGAGAAGAUCGCCGAGCAGGUGCUGACGGACUCGCUCGUCGCCGCCAUGGACAGUGACACUGACACUCUGGCCUCCUCUGCCUCUGCCUCUGCCUCUGCUGCUGGUGGGGGGAAGGGGGAUGCAUCGCGAGAGGGGGAGAGGGAGGAGGAGGGCACUCCGGCGGCGGUGCUGCGUGCGACCAAGUACGUGGAGGAUGCGGUGAGGUUCCGCGACGCCCAGUGGAAGGGCGACAAGGUGGUGGCGCAUUUGAAGGUCAUCGAGAGCUACAACGAGGACCAACGGAGGAGGAAGGCAGAGAGGGAAGCGGCAGCAGCAGCAGCAGGGGCGUACGAGGCGCCUUCCCCGCCUUCGCCGGAGAUGGCCUUCUUCAGCCGAGUGGUCAACAAGCUGAUCGAGGACUCGGCAGCAGAGGGGUGGUUCUGUGUGGGCGCUCUCCGCGACUGCCCCCUCUCCACAGAGGCUGCCGACACCUCCACCCCCACAUCCAUAUCCACAUCCACAGAGACCAGCGACAGCAUUCCUCCUUCCCGCGCCCUCUCGUGGCCGUUCUUCGCCGCUUUGCCGGUCUUCGGCAUGGGCGUGCGGUUUGACGUGUCGAUGGAGGAGGAGGAGGAGGGUGUCGAAGAAGCGGCGGAUGGUGCUGAUGAUCCGCUGGUGAGGCUGCAGAUGAAGACGCCCUCGUGGCUGCCUCCGUCUGACGUGACGGGUCGGGUGGUGCUGGGGUCGAAUGGCAACCUCGCCAUUCAUGUGGACGGGGGGUACCUCCUCUUCAGAAACGUCCGAUUGGUGAGGGAGUGGGUGGGUGGGCCGGCAACGAGGGAUGGGGUCAUGGGUGUCAGGCCAGGCUGAUGACGUGUGUGUGUGUGUCUUAUCUGUCAUGGUUGUGCAGGAGCGUCUCCGUCGCCACGCGAAUGCGCGCCGUUACGCGCAGGAGAUCAUGGAUCUGGAGGCCAAGGACCGAGUCUACACACAGAGGGACAACCUAGCAGGUCACUUAGCCCGGGCACCCACAGCAAACACAGCACUCACACACCCAGACACAGACCCACACAUGUCUUGUUUGUUGGCGUGUGUCCACCAGGGUACCGGUCGACCCGUGCCGCAUGGGAGAAGGCCCUCGAGAAGCUGGACGAGCGGCUGGGGACGUCGUUCGCGCGGUCGCAGCAGCUGCUGGAGGUGGCGCCCUUCCUCCCCAUCAUCCUCGUGGGGCUGCUCAUAUCGGCACAGGUGGCCGACAAGACCAUCAUAGAGAAGCUCCUCUCGCCCAAGGAACUGCCCCUCUAUCGCAUGUUCGACGACUCACUUCACCUAUAGCCAGUGGCUAUAGGGCUAUAGGGGAGGGAGUGAGAGAGGGAGAGCGGGGGCGGAGAGAGAGGGGGGACGGAUGGAGGCAGCGGCAGCAUGUGUGUGGGGGGAGGGUGGUGUGUAGUGUAGUCAAGGCGGUGUUCGAUAGGCGAAAAGGGGAGUGAGUGUUUCGAGGGAGGCAGACCCCCAUCUGUGUGUGUGGCGUGGCGAAGGGUGGGAUGGGAUGGGUGUCCGUGUGCGAACGAAGCGGUCAGUCAGUCAGUCAGCUGCCUGCUGACUGAUCAAGGGAGUGAAUGUGUGUGUGUGGUUGGGUGGCCAGGCUGAGUGAGGCUGAGUGUGUGGCUAACUCCCCUACCAGGCAGAUGAUGUUGUAUUGUAUGUCACUCACGAAUGGCUUCGUUGCUUUUGGUUGAUCACGGUUCGAGGAACGCCGCGUGUGCAGAGGAGGGAGGGAGAGGACAUCGAUGCAGCAGGUCGCUCGGGUGAGUGAUGCGUGUCUGUGGAUACACGAGGACAGGGAGGCCGGGAGGCCGGGGAGGGAGGGAGAGAGAGAGAGGGAAGAGAGAGUGGCGCGCUCACCAUUUUUGUUCCCUCCCUCAUGUCUGUCCUGCAUACCGAUGGAUGGAUGGCAUGGACGAUGUGUGUACCAUACAUAGCUAUGCAUAGAGGAUACAGUCAGUGGUGUUUGUGUGUAAUCGGAUCAAUCGAUGGGGGCGGGGCGGCCCAGGGGUCUCUCCCCUUUUUGUUUUGGACGGAAGAGCCCAGCCCGUGUUGGCUGCCUGCCUGCCUGAUGUUUGUCUGUCUAUGUGUGUGUGUGUAUGUGCAUAUUAUUAUGCGUGGCGUGUGUGUUGUGUGUGCGGCCGUCUGUCUGUCUGUCUGUCUGUUAUGUAAGAUAGAGCUAACCUGCAUAGCCACGCACGCAGACACACACGCUCUUUCCCCUCAAUUGGUAUGUGUGUGUGUGUUUCUCUGUCUCUGUCUCUGUAUGUCUGGGAGUGAGGUCAUCUCAUGCAUCGAUUGCAAUGGGGGGGCACACACAGAGAGGAGGGCAUAGGGCAAAGCAAAGGGGGAAGGAAGGAGAGUUUGUGGAGGGUGUGGUGUGGUGUGGUGUGGCGUCCGCCAGUCAGCCCGCCAGCCAGACUGAGUCAGUCAGCUGUCUGUGUAUAUGUGACGUCAUGUGGUGUGCCUGCUGUCCUGUCCAGAGAAUGACAAGGACCAGGAGAGGCACACGGCCGUGGCUGAGGGAGUGUGGGAGGGAGAGAGUGAGUGAAAGAGUGUGGGUCAGUCAGUCAGUCGUUCACUCCCAGAAAGGCAGGCAGUCAGGCGGGCCGGAGGUUUUAAUUUGCAUCGAGUGACUGAGCGGUUGGGUGAGCGCGGUGUCACGCUUGGCGUGUAUGUCUUAUACACGUCUGUCUGUCUGUCUGAAUAGCAACUCCGAUGGAUGGAUGGAAAAGAUGAAUGAGCCACGAUUAUUACAAAAAGGCUGUCCUGCUUCU